CUACUUGCCCCGUACACAGUACGACUUCAACUUCACUUCAGAGAUGGAUGAGGUCGUAUAUGAGGGCCACAAAGUUAAGGCGUUAAAUCUAACUACUGGGCAUGUUCUGGGCGGAGGCAGCUCCAUCAACUACAUGCUGUACGUGCGAGGCUGCAGCGAAGACUAUUCAUACUGGGCCGAUGCGGCUAACGAUGAUUCCUGGUCCUGGUCAGGAGUCUACCCUUAUUUUAUUAAAAGUGAAAGACUUGAAGAUAGUAAUAUACUUCAGACACCAUUUCGUGCGUAUCAUGGAACUGAAGGUUUUUUGAAGACUUCUAGAGAAACUAGUCAGAGUAUUUAUAAAUAUAUCAAGAGCUUUGAAGAAGUCGGUAAGAAAGUAAAUUUUGAUGUGAACGGACCGAGCAGUCUUGGUUAUACGCCAUGCAUGUUCACAAUAGGGGAUGGAACGAGACAGACUACAGCCCUAACAAAUUUAGGAGCAAACAAACAUCGUACAAAUUUAUUCGUUCGAAAAGAAACGCUGGUUACAAGAAUUAUCAUAGACAACGAUAAUGUUGCAAGAGGAGUGGAAGUACAAACCCCGGAUAAAAAAACGAUAACACUAAAAGCUCGGAAAGAGGUGAUUGUGUCGACAGGGACCAUAAACACGGCCAAACUCUUAAUGCUCUCUGGAAUUGGUCCUAAGGAACAUCUCGAAUCAUUUAAAAUAAAAGUAAAACAAGAUCUGCCCGUAGGAUAUAACUAUCAUGAUCAUACUUUUGCCAUUACCACAAUUAAAACAGAAAAGUCUAACUCUUCUACGCCACGGAUGACUAAUACCAGGCUCCCUUUCCCCAUAUUCACCGGUUAUGUUUCUUUAGAUGAUGAUGUAUGUGCGCAAUACCAAUCAGUAAAUUUUUUGAUCCCUAACGAUUCUUAUGGUCCCGUGCAGCUUUGUACGUUCAAUUUUGGACUGGAAGAUUAUAUUUGCAAUAACUUAUUCAAUGCUGGAUUGGGCAGGAACACAAUUCUUUCUACCAUACCAAUUUUACAUCCCAAAUCACGAGGCUUUGUCAAACUGCGUAGCACUGACCCAUGGGAAGCUCCAAUCGUAGAAGCUAGAACCUUCUCAAACUCUGAAGAUCUAGAUAGCCUCGCCGAGUACAUAGCGGACUAUGUAGGCGUGCUUAACUCCUCAUAUUUCAAAAGUGUCGGUGCAGAGUUCGUAGACAUUUCGUAUCCCAGGUGCAAGGACUUCGAGUUGGGCAGUGCGCAAUUCUGGCGAUGCUACGUGCUGCAGUCGUCCACGACGAUGUAUCAUUACGCGGGCACGUGCUCGCUGGGCUCCGUAGUGGACAGCCGGCUGCGGGUGAUGGGCGUGGAUCGUCUGCGGGUCGUGGACGCCAGCAUCAUCCCGCGGCUACCAAGCGCUAAUAUCAACGCACCCGUCAUCAUGAUCGCUGAGAAGGCUGCUGACUUUAUAAGAGAACAACAUGAGACUCCAUACAAGAAUGGAUAGACAGAAAGGAAAGUGAAAAUAACACAAAUGAAUCAACUACUAGAAAUAGAAUAGUAGGUAAUAUAGUCAAUGUGAGCGUAAGCUAGUGUUUAAUAUUCGAAAUACUAAGGAGCUCAUUAAAAUCGUGGAAGACUUUCUACGACUUGUCAAUCUAAAUCAGUUACAGUAAAAAUAAAAUCCAUUUCCUUUUUUAUCUUGCUGUAUCUCCGCUAGAGAUAUUCUUCUCUCUCGUACCUUUAUUUGCCUAUACGCAAUAAUGUUCUAUACAUAUCAUUCGCAAUCUGAAAGCGGAACGACAAAAGUGUUCUUAAAGACAAUGUAAGCACACUUUUCUCCUUAGUCGUGUGUCAACUGUGUGACAAUCACCAAUUCUUAGUGUCCUAUAAAAAAUAAACAUAUCGGA